AUGGAUGUAGGACUAUUUAGCUGUGGAAAUGUUCAAAUUGAUGACCAUUUACGCUUGAAUGUGAUUCAAAAUAGUUCUGUCCCAACUUCUAAUUUUGAAUAUCCUUAUUCUGUACAUGUUAAAAAUGGCAAAGAAGAAAGUAAUCUAGGAGGAAAACACAAAACGGAAAAUUUAAAAACACUUGUAACUACUCCCUUGAAAAAGUUUUCAAAAUUGUUAGGUAAAGAUGGUUUUCUUGAAGUACAUCAAAACAAUUUGUACCACAAAUAUGCACUUCAAAGAGCUGAUCAAUUUAAAUCAACCAUUCUUAAUCCUGAAAAAAAUAUUUUAAACUUGGUUAAUGCAGAUCGUUUGAAAAAAAUUACUGAAAAUAGAGAACGUUUAAAACCUAUAAUUCAAUCUAUAAUGUUUUUGGGGAAACAAAAUAUUCCAUUGCGUGGACAUAGAGAUGAUGGAGCUCUAUUUGCAAAUGACAAUCACCAUAAAAUGAAAAAUGAAGGGAACUUUAGAGAACUUUUAAGAUACAGGGUUAAAUCAGGUGACAAAAUAUUAGAACAACACUUACUCACAACACACUCAAAAGCAACUUAUAUUAAUUCUAAUGUUCAAAAUCAAUUAAUUGAUUGUUUUAAGGAAGAAAUACAAUCAGAAAUUAUCAAAGAAAUAAAAGAAAAUAGAUUUUACAGCAUAAUGUUUGAUGAAACUACGGAUCUGUCGCAUGUAUCACAAAUGAGUUUGGUUUUACGUUAUGUUGUUAAUGAUAAAAUUAAAGAGAAUUUUAUUGAAUUCAUUGAUUGUCAUCAAGAAGCAUAUAGCAAACUAGAUAGUAGUGAAAAUAUUGAACCAAAAUUAUCUGGUGAACAUUUAGGCCAAAUUGUUAUAGAUUUGUUAAAGAAAUUUUCAUUAGAGCUACAUGAUUGUAUUGGAAUCACAACUGAUGGAUGUUCUGUUAUGACAUCAAAAGCUCGUGGUGCUGUCCAGCACAUUCAAAAGUUUGCAAAAAAUGCAAUCUAUAGUCCAUGUGCAAAUCAUGCAUUAAAUUUAUGUAUAUCCAAAUCGUCAACAGUACAAUUUGUAAGGAAUUCUGUAGGUAUUAUCAAAGAAGUAGUUGCUUUUUUAAAUUCUUCUUCAAAAAGGAAUUUCGUACUAAAAAGUAUUUUGAAAAACCAUUCUUUAAAAACUGUAUGUGAAACGCGCUGGAUUGAUAGACAUGACAGUAUUUUAUUGUUUACUUCCUCAUUUUCAGACAUACUUGUUGCAUUAAGUACAGUAUCUGAAUGGUCAGAAUCUGAAUCUGCAACCAAAGCCAAAAUGUUGAUAAGUGCUUUAGAGAAUUGUGAAUUUAUUUUAACUCUGUUUACUCUAACAAAUAUACUGAGUAUUACAUUACCUAUUAGCAAAUGUCUUCAGGGGAAAGAAAGGGAUUUUAUUAGUGCAACAGAUAGUAUUCAACUGGUUUUGGAUAACUUAACCGAUAAACGCACAAAUUGUAGUCAGUAUUUUAAUAAAAUCUAUAAGGAAGCUUCAGAACUAAUGAAAAAACAUGAUGUUGUUACAAAACAUCCACGAAUAUCUAAACGACAAACUCAAAGGCCAAAUCCCCCUAGUAACUCACCAGAAGAAUAUUAUAUGAGGUCCUUGUACAUUCCAUUACUUGAUAAUAUCAUUGAAGAUAUAAAAGAACGGUUUAAGAAUAAUAAAAAUAAAAUAUUUUUGACUUUAAUGGGAAUUGUUCCAUGUUAUUUAAAAGAUUUUACUCCAACCAAAAUAGAAUCAUUAACUGAAGAUAUAUUAGAAAAAUUUGGAUUCUUGAACAUACAAAAAGAAGUUCUUAGAGCUGAGUUAGAGUUAUGGAAGUCCAAAUGGGUUUUUGAAAGCGAUGUAAAUAAUGAAUCAAAAAUAAAUGUGCCUAAUAAUGCUAUUGACUCUAUUGUCAAUUGUCCAUAUGUACUUUUUCCUAAUAUUAAGCAAAUUUUGACUUUAAUUGCUACUUUACCAAUAAGCGUGGCAUCAGCUGAACGCAGUUUCUCUACAUUAAGGAGGCUUAAGACUUGGUUAAGGACAAAGAUGUCUCAAGAUAGACUUUGUGGCUUAGCAUUAUUGCAUAUUCAUCGAGAGCUUGAUAUUUCAGAAGAUAAAAUAAUAGAACGCUUAGCAAAUAGCAAAAAAAGAAACAUUGAUUUUGUUAUUUAA